AUGAGUGAAGAGAUCGAACCCUACAUAGCCAAGAAAUUCGAGAUCAUUCAGAAAUUGGGAAAAGGAGCUUAUGGAGUUGUGUGGAAGGCCAUCGAUAAGAAGUUGAAGCAAGUGGUUGCCUUAAAGAAAGUUUUUGAUGCUUUUCAUAAUGCCACUGAUGCCUAGAGAACAUUUAGAGAAGUGAUGUUUCUAUAGGAAUUGAAUGGACACGAGAAUGUUGUGCGUUUGCUCAAUAUAAUGAAGGCUGAGAACAAUAAGGAUUUAUAUUUGGUAUUCGAUUACAUGGAGACUGACCUGCAUGCAGUGAUACGUGCCAAUAUUUUAGAAGAAAUACAUAAGAAAUACAUAGUAUAUCAAAUCUUGAAGGCUCUCAAAUUUAUCCAUUCAGGCGAAUUAAUCCACAGAGAUCUGAAGCCAUCGAAUGUUCUUCUGAAUUCUGAAUGUUUGGUAAAGGUUGCAGAUUUCGGAUUAGCCAGAAGUCUAGUGUAGAAUGAAGAUGAUGGGAUGGUUCUCCUCACUGAAUAUGUGGCUACUCGUUGGUAUCGUGCUCCAGAAAUCUUGCUUGGUUCUACUAAGUACAGUAAGGCUGUAGACAUGUGGUCUGUGGGUUGCAUUGUUGGAGAAUUGAUACUCGGAAGAGCCAUUUUUCCAGGAACAUCCUCUUUAAAUUAAAUUGAACGGAUAAUAGAGUUACUUGGGAAACCAAAAGCUGACGAAUUGGAAUCAUUGGAUAGUCAAUUGGCUGCUAACAUUCUAAACUCCAUCAACGCCUCGAAAAAAAAAUCAUUUGUUUAAUUCUUCACAGGAGCUACGGAAGAAGCUCUUGAUUUAAUUCGAAGAUUGCUGUGCUAUAAUCCAAAAACAAGAUUGACUGCAGAACAAGCCUUAAAACACAGAUAUGUUAUAGAAUUCUCGUAGCCCGAUGAAGAGAUCGUGAGUUUGCAGCCAUUCAAAAUUUCGAUGAAUGACAAUAAGAAAUUCACCAUCAAGGAUUAUCGUGAGUCUUUGUAUGCUGACAUCUCUCAAAGGAAGAAGGAUCAACGUAAGAAGUGGCAACUCAAGUAUUUGGCCCAGUUGGGAGUCAAUUUGGAGGAGGAGAAUGAUAAAAAACUCAAAAACAAGGAUCCCAGUCCAAAAUACCGAGACGAUAUAAUAGAUUUAAACAAGGUGGAUGAUUCACAAUUGAUUUAUCAAUAACAAAUGCAACAAUAAGUGUUGUAAUAGCAAAAGAAGAAUCAGAGACCGCAAUCACAAUCUGGGAAUCAAAUCAGGCAACACAGCCAAGAUGUGGCCAGGACUAUUUCUUAAGAAAAUUCAAUCUAAUAGAUCUAAAAUACAUAAUAAACUCAUCAUAAAUCCAACUCGAUAGUUAUGAAUUCAAAUCAAUACAAACAAGGUUAUUAUUAUCCAUUUUAGUAACCGAAUAACAACUAACAGACUUAAAAGUAUAAUGGAAUCAAUAAAUCAGCAAACAAUGUGGUUCAAUAAUAGAUGGGAAGGUCUUCAACUGGAUACUAUUAAAAAGUCAAUAAAAAAUGA